AUGGCUGGGCUAAAAUCACUAAUUAAGGUAACUUGCAAACUCCUGGAUGCAGUCAGUUGCCUUUACAUCUUCGUCACUUUGGGCUUCUCAGCUUAUGUCUCAUCAUACAUCUUCAAGCCCAUUAUGUCCUUCCAAAGCCACAUCGGGCAGUUUUACCUUGGGUACGUAAUCUGUCCUGUUUGGAUAUGCGGCCGCAUUGGUUUCAAGCUACUCGGUCUGCGAGACGGUCCAAAACGAAUUUCUAAAAAGAAGUCCCAGCGGCGAAAGGUGGAGAAUAACAUGUCUGCCAAACUAUGUGGUCUCAAGACUCCUCUUGAGAACGUCGACAAAGUGACUGGUCUUACACUGCCCCAACUUCGUCAGGAUUUAGUCAUUAAAAAGGACCUCACUUCCAUUGAUACUGUGGAGGCGAUGCAAGUCCACAUACUCCGCCUAAUGCAGUCAACCUCAAAUUCUGUUGCAGAGGUAAUCUUUGAUGCAGAUGUAGCUGCCAUCAUGGCUGAUCAGUCACUCAAACGAAACGGAACACCGCUGAGUCCCUUGCAUGGGAUUCCGGUCUGUUUGUCCAAUUGGUUCAGCGUAAAAGGCGAGGAUUGUAAUGCUUCUGCUGUGUUUAGGGCAGGACAUAGUCAAGGAAGCGAUUGUGCUUUAGUAGAAGCUCUUCGAAGUGUUGGAACGAUUCCAGUAGCACUUACCAAUACGUCGCCACUUCCAGGCCAGCCAGAUGCCUCUAGUAGGCUCUACGGGACAACACAGCAUCCAACACAUCUUGAUCGUGUCGUCGGACACUCCUCCACUGGCGUCGUUGUGCUGCAAAAGGGCGCCCUUCUUGGAUUCGGUCUGGAUGCUGUUGGUGAGGUUCGAUUGUCUGCUGCAAAUGUCGGACUGGUAGGAUUUAAACCAACAGCUCAGCGUUUGAGCACCGACGGGAUCGUUGCUCUUGUGAAUUUUCCUGAAUUUCUGCCUCCGACUGUUGGUGUCAUUGGUUCUCAUGUUUCAGACAUUGUAGACACCAUGACAGCGCUUACCUCAGUCAAACAGGAUCCUUUUAUUCCACAAGUACCCUUCAAACCCAACGCAUCUAAAGAGUCCCUCACAAUUGGGGUGUACAGAAACUGUCCUGAUAUCCUUCCAGUUGUUCCAGGAGUUGAACGAGUUAUGACUGAAGUUAUAGCAGCACUCAAAGCUCAAGGGCACACAGUUGUUGAGGUUGAUCUUCCAAAGCCCAACGAGGCCUUGCUUCUUGCCCUUCAUUCACUCAUUUCCAACGAUUCCUACUGGAAUAUCCAUGUUGGUCAACACUGGGGUAACAGCCUGAAAUGGAACGAAAUUUUUAAAUGCUGGUUACCCAAGUCCCCAUAUUGUCUAAGGGUCAUGCUAGAUCUCGCAAUUCAGUUCCAACAGGGGGCCAAAUGCAAGAGUCUGCGACAACUCCUGGAUGUUUUGAAGAAACCGUUUUCCGCGGAAGCCAUUCGAGCACAUGUUGAAGCCUACCGGCUCAAGUUCUUUGAGCUGUGGGAUGAUGAAGAGAUUGACCUCCUUGUUGGACCAGCUGCCGCAGCUCCAGCCCUGUUGAAGAGGUCGCCAGCGGGUCUUGCCUUCCUUCAGACUGGGUAUUCUACUAUCUUCAAUGUAGUCAACUGUCCAGCUGGCGUGGUCCCGUUCGGUAAGACCACGCAGGAUGAUGUGAAAUUGGCUUCUGAGGUCAAAGCUCCUUCCAGGUCCUUGUAUAAGCAGCUUCUUAAACAGCAAAGGACUGCCGAGGGCUUGCCAAUGGCCGUACAGGUGAUUGCCAAACCCUGGGAGGAUGAUCUUGCACUCCGAGUAAUGCAUGACCUUGAGCAAUUGCAUCACAACUAG